GUCGCCGUUGCUCGGUUCCGUCGGUGGACAUACCCCACAAAUCCGGGAUCCGUUCUCCGUUUCGAGCUGUCGCAACCCGCAACGACAGCUUCCAAUCCCUCGGCUUCUCAAAAUGUCCGUUGCACUCCCCGCGUCUUCCCCGAAACAAUUCGCGGCUGCAACUGUUACAACGUCGCUUGAGCAACUGAUGAGGCGGCCGUCCUAAACCCCCCAGCUUCGUACCGGCUGGCCGCUGGCGACCAAGGACAAUCCAGCUUUAACACGAGAAUGACUCUGCUGCGCUGGUCGUGCCGCGUGCUCGCCCCGAAUACGAGACGUCGUUCCAGCACAGUCUUGGCGUCCCCAGCUUUCCAACAACAUCCAGUGUUAAAAUUACAACUUCGACAUGCAUCCGCGAGCAGCGUGCGGCCAAAGACGGCCAUCUUCUUUCCGGGGCAAGGGGUCCAGAAAGUGGGCAUGCUUGCCCCCUGGAUAGAAGCAUUCCCAGCGACGGCGACCCCGAUCAUUCAGGAGAUCGACCAUAUCGUGGGCUACAAGCUGUCCGAUGUGAUACAGCAAGGGCCUGGCAAGGUGCUCAGCCUGACGCCGAAUGCGCAGCCCGCCAUCAUGGCGACCUCUAUCCUGAUCUUGCGCAUCCUCGAGAAGGAGUUCGGCUUCAAGACGUCUGAGCGGGCCGAUUUCACUUUGGGCCACUCUCUCGGCGAGUUUGCGGCCCUUGUAUCGAGCGGCUACAUUGAGUUCGAAGACAGUCUGUUCCUGGUCCAGAAACGAGCCGAGGCCAUGGCGGCUGCCACGAGGCGUGCCGAGGAGGAGUACGGCGGCGAGUACGGCAUGGUGGCCAUAGUGAGCGAGCCGGAGUAUAUGCAGCCGCUGGUCAACGCGGUCCGUGAGUUUGUCGGUUACGGCGUCCUGGGGAGCAAAUCGGAGAGCGCCGAGGACCGGUCGCCGAUCGACCAGGUGCUCAUUGCCAACAUCAACAGCAAGAACCAGAUCGUAUUGAGCGGCAACAUUGAGCGGAUAAAGAUGCUUGUUGCCCAUGUCAGGCAGUUUCUGGGUCAUGAUCCCCGGGCGGUUCGGUUGAAGAGCGACAGCCCAUUCCACAGUCCGAUUAUGAGGCCUGCGGUGUCGGUGAUGCGAAACAUUCUCGGGGGAACCAGUCGAGUGAAGGGGAGAGAAGGCCAAGAUAUUAUUACAUGGCCUGGGAUACCGUGUGUCAGCAACGUCACUGCAAGGCCCUUUGAGAGCAAGGCAGAGUUGAAGGAUCUGCUAGCAAGACAAUGCCUGGAGACCGUGCGGUGGUGGGACAGCAUAAAGUACCUCGACCAGGAACAGAAGGUCAGGAGAUGGGUCGGCAUUGGGCCCGGAUAUGUCGGACGGAACCUGGUUGGAAAGGAGGUGGGCAUGAGAGGAAAGGACACCGUCAAGGGCGGCGGUGUCUGGGCCAUUACCGAUCCGAGCGAGAUCGAGGAGGUACUCAGGGGCCUAGAAGAGACCGAGUGUCUCGUUGACGAGGAGUGAGCAUUGUUGCUUCAAAGGCAAUACCUACCGACCUACCUAGGUAGUUAUCGGCGGCUUAAACGGAUAACCCAAGCUAAGGAUCUUCGGCUCCUUUGGGUUCAACAGAAAAGCCCAUCUGUCUCUGCUAGAACGCAUAGGGUGAGGCUCAUACCACUCUAAAUUAGGUACCUUAUGACCCUAGCGUGAGUCUCAUUACCCUGUACCUGUACCUCUUAGGCUUCGAGU